UAUGUGAGAGUCAGAGGAAGCACGUGUGUGGAUGUUUUGCGGAGCGGUGCGUCUCGUGUGCGCACGGUUAGAUCGGUACAGAGUGCUCUGCUCCAGUCCUGAGAGUUUCGUGCUUUUGAACAGAUUUAGUUAGUUCGUGUCGACCUCUGUGCUUUCAGAUCUGUGCUGUUUUGUUCUCAUUCCGUGUUUAAGCGCAUUUUCCGCCUUAAACGAUCCGGCUUUACUGUCACUCACACUCUACAGUUUCUGCAGCUGCCAUCCGAGAUCUCGGGCCGAUGGAGGAGGCCGAGGCCAGUCCGGUCUCAGUUCUGACCGCGGAGAAGCGCUCCCUCCCGGAUGAGGAUCCGGAUCACGCCGCCAAGAGGCUCCGGGUCGAGCAGGAGGAGAGCUUCGCGGACAUGAUGAAGCACGGCCUCAGCGAGGCAGACGUGGGCAUUCUCAAGUUCAUCAGCGAGCACAGAGGCUUCUCUGGCGUCCUGAAGGAGAGGUACUCAGACUUUGUGGUCCAUGAGAUCAAUAAAGACGGGAAGAUCGUUGGCCUGGACGAUCUGUCUGUUCCUGCUGAUGCCGAGGAAAACUCUCCGGGCUGCAGUUCGGCCGACUCUCAGACUCUGACAGAAGAGCAGAAGCAGCAGCUGGAUGAACUGCAGCUCUUGAAGAACAAAGAGGGAAGCGUGGCCAUCGAGGUGAGAGACGCGUCAGGAGACCAGCCUUCGGUCACACGUCUCUUCUGUGUUUCAGAUGCUGGUUUUCAUUGGAAUGAAAUAACUCAUAAUUUACACCAUUACCUUUUAUUCAGACUUUCUGCAACUAUCAGUGAGUUGAAUGGAACGGAACGGUUCCCAGAGCUGCGCUGUGAACGCAUGCGUGUCUCCUCACUGUCCCGAGUAACGCUCUCUUGUUCUCCUAACGCUCCUCUCGCUCUCUGGACAGAGCUCCGGCCCUCGGCAGCCCCUCGAAAGCACUCGUGGCCGAAGAACCGCGGGAGUUUCUGUCAUUUCGUGCUCUAUAAAGAGAACAAGGACACCAUGGACGCCAUCAACCUCCUGUCCAAGUUCCUCAGGGUCAGACCCAACAUGUUCUCCUACAUGGGCACCAAAGACAAGAGGGCCGUCACGGUGCAGGAGAUCGCAGUGCUGAAGAUCAGCGCUGAGAGACUGUCUCACCUCAACAAAUGCCUCAUGAACCUGAAGCUGGGGAACUUCAGCUAUAAGAAACAGCCCUUGAAACUUGGAGCUCAGGUCUGUGAAACACUGCUCCUCCUCUGUUUCUGUAGGGUCAGACCCAACAUGUUCUCCUACAUGGGCACCAAAGACAAGAGGGCCGUCACGGUGCAGGAGAUCGCAGUGCUGAAGAUCAGCGCUGAGAGACUGUCUCACCUCAACAAAUGCCUCAUGAACCUGAAGCUGGGGAACUUCAGCUAUAAGAAACAGCCCUUGAAACUUGGAGAACUGCAGGGAAACCACUUCACGGUGGUUCUCAGGGCUAUACUGCAGAACAACUGGAAGGAGGUCGUGGAUCUCAUCCUGAAACCUCGUCCUGGAGCGGAGAAGGGCUAUCUGGUGAAGUGCAGAGAGGAGUGGGCGCGCUCUCAGGACCCAGAGGCGGCCCUCAAGAAACUGCCGGUCAAACGCUGCGUGGAGGGCCAGUUACUGCGAGGCCUGGCCAAGUACGGCAAAAACAACAUCAUCACAGCAUUCGGACUGAUCCCUCGUAACAACAGGCUGAUGUACAUCCACAGCUAUCAGAGUUACGUCUGGAACUGUAUGGUCAGCAAACGCAUGGAGGCCUUCGGGCUCAGAGCUGUGGAGGGAGAUCUGGUUCUCAGAGGAAGCUCUGCUCACGUUCUGUCCGCUGACGAGGCAGAGAAACACUCCGUUCAUGACGUGGUGAUGCCACUGCCGGGGUUUGACGUCAUUUAUCCCACUCACAGCGUGGGUGGAGGCUACAGAGACAUGCUGAGCGCUGAUGACCUGGACAUCGAUAGCAUGAGGCACAAAGUUCGGGAUUACUCUCUGGCCGGCGCUUACAGGAGGAUCCUCACUCGCCCCAGUGACGUCAGCUGGGAGCUGAUCCAGUAUGAUGAUCCACGAGUGCCUCUUGUUCACACAGAUGUGGAGAAAUUAGAAAACGCUCCAGCUCCGGUUUACCUCAAAGAAGGGCAGUAUCGGGCCCUGAAGAUGGAGUUUUCUCUGCCGUCCUCCACCUACGCCACGAUGGCCGUCAGAGAAGUGCUGAAGAUGGACACCAGCAUCAAGAAUCAGACUCAGCUCAACAGUAGCUGGCUGAACUGACCCUCACAAACACGCUCUGGAUCUUCCACCAGCUUUAUUCUGCUCACAUUUUUUCAGUGAUAAAGAUUGACUUUCUCAUGUUUGUCGUUUGGACACCGUGAAGAAGCCACAGCACAGUUUUCAGUUUAUUUAGUUUUAGAAUUUGUUUUUUAAUGAGGGUUUUUUAAAGCUCUGCCAGAGUAUAAAGACCGUUCUAACACGUAUUUCCAGAACUUCCAGAAGCAUAAACAAACAUUGAGCAGUAAAUGAACAUGUUCCGGUUCUUGUAAGAUUAAUUUAGCUGUUUGGUGAUUAUUAUUAUUGUAAAUUGUUUGAUUCCUGCUGAAUAUUCAGUUUGUCAGUGUAAAUAUUUUAAUCUGAAUAA